AUGAAAAGCAUUGCAUGCAGUAUACAGUUGUGUCGCUCAUGCGAAUAUGUUUUCUCAUUUAUAGGUAGAGAUACUCCAUUGAACGAGAAACGAAAAAGUACGAAAGCUACAGAAAGUGAAAUGAGGAACAACGCAAAUAUUAGCAAUGAUAACGAUUCCAUAUUAGCGAGGAGACAUAACGCCGCGAUACUACUGGAGAACUCGAAAAUAUGUCCCUUCAGAUGGAUGAAAAAUCUUUACAUUUGUUUUUAUUGCGAUCAACAGUUUUCGGAUCCCGCCAUUUUGAGAGAUCACACUAUGCUUAACCACCCCGCACCGUCUUUGACCCAAAUUAAGUACGAAUUAGGCAAACUGAAAAAACACGAACUGAUUAAAGUAGACAUUACUGAUGUCGGUUGCAGAAUAUGCAAUGAACAUGUGAUUGAUUUUUCCAGUCUUAAAUAUCAUCUUCUGGAGCGACACGGUAUAAACAUCGAUCCGAAAUCGAGCGAUGGAUUGCUACCUUUCAAGGUCACGAAAAAUAAUUUCACGUGCACAAUAUGCGAGCAGAAAUAUGACGAGUACAAAUCAUUAAAUCACCACAUGAACGUGCAUUUUCAAAACUUUUUCUGCGAACAUUGCGGGAUCGGUUUCAUCACACCAGAUAGGCUACGAACUCAUUCGCUGUCCCAUGAAACGGGUUCCUUCCCUUGCGGGAGCUGCGAUAAAGUCUUUCGAUCCCGAAAUGCUAAAAACGAACACUACGCUACUGUUCACAAGAAGGUCAAACGACAUCGGUGUCCACAUUGCUCAGAGAUGUUUCGUAAUUACUUUCAAAGGAACAAACACGUCUCUUCCGUCCAUGGGUUAAAACUGAAAGAGUUCAGAUGCAAUUUUUGCCCAAAGGUAUUCACACUUAGCGGGAAAUUAGGUGUUCAUAUCAGGACGGUGCAUUUGAAAUUAAAGCGACAUGCUUGCGACGUCUGCGAGUGGAAAUUUUACUCAAAAUCCGAAUUGAAAGAGCACAUGGUCAGGCAUGGUGGUGAACGCAAGUUUCAGUGCAAUGUGUGCAAGAAAGCUUAUGCUAGGAAAUACACAUUGCGCGAACAUAUGCGAAUACAUGAGAACGACAGACGAUUUGUUUGCACUGUUUGCGGUCGAUCGUUUGUUCAAAAUUGCAGUCUUAAACACCACGUCAAAGUUCACCAUCCGCCACCUUCGAUAAAAACUAUUUCCGCGUUUCAAGAUGUAUUAACAUGA